CAAUCCGUGAGUUAGUUUAGCAGUGCGAACAGCGGCUUCACUACAGACAUGAGUCAGAGUGUAAACACUUCACGUUCUCUUCUAUUACCAAUAAACCGGCUAUUCAUGGAAAUUUAGACGGAAGAAUUUUGUGCACAUUAAACGGAAACCAUGAGCACCGUGUUCUGCUGUGUUUUGGUUGUGUUAGUCUCAGUGGCUCUUUGCAUGGACUUUGAAGAGAGACCCAGACGCUUUAGCAGUGAGCAACUCAUGUUUCAAAAGAGUCACAAAUCACGAAAUUUGCUCAGUUUGGGAGAUUUACAUCAGCCGGAUCAUGUCAGGAUGAAAAGGAGUGAAGAAUCCGCACAAAAUCAAUGUGAAUCAAUGCACGGCUUUGAUUCUACGUUAAAAAACAACACUCAUACGUAUAACUUCAACGACCUGAGUGGCUCGGUGUCUCUGGCCUGGGUUGGAGACGAUACAGGGGUGCUACUGGUGCUCACCACGUUCCAGGUUCCUCUUUUUAUCAUGCGGUUUGGUCAGUCCAGACUGUACAGAAGUGAAGACUAUGGAAAGACAUUCCAGGACAUCACCGACCUCAUUAACAACACCUUCAUACAGACAGAGUUUGGCAUCGCAAUCGGUCCUGAAAAUUCUGGGAAGGUGAUCCUCACAGGCGAUCUAACCGAGGGGAGAGUCACCAAAAUCUUCCGUUCAGUUGAUUUCGGCAACAGCUUUGUGACCUCUGAGCUUCCCUUCCAUCCAUUAAUGCAGAUCACAUACAACCCCAGAGACAGCAACAUACUCAUGGUCUACAGCAUCAGUUAUGACUUAUGGCUGUCCGAGGACUUCGGGGGCAGUUGGAGGAAGAUCCAUGAGACUGUUUGUCUUGUGAAAUGGGGAAUUGAUGACACCAUUUUCUUAACUACAAAUCCCAAUGGAUCCUGCAGUGACCGGGGAACCUUGGAAUUGAGAAAAUCAUUAGACUAUGGCAGGACAUUUAAAACUAUUGGAAGCAGGAUUUAUUCCUUCGGCUUGGGUGGACGCUUUGUUUUUGCCUCAGUCAUGACUGACUCGGGUUCCACACGCAUGAUUCAUGUCUCAGUAGAUCAGGGGGAGACGUGGGACAUGGCUCAACUUCCCACCGUUGGCCACGAACAGUUCUACUCCAUUCUAGCCGCAAACAAUGAUAUGGUCUUCAUGCACGUAGAUGAACCUGGAGACUCAGGUGUUGGUACCAUAUAUGUAUCUGAUGACCGAGGUACAGUGUUUUCCAAGUCUCUGGAACGCCAUUUGUAUACCACUACGGGCGGAGACACUGACUUCACCAACAUCACCUCUCUGAGGGGCGUAUAUUUGACCAGUGUGCUCGCAGUGGAUGGCUCUGUACAGACAGUGAUCACAUUCAAUCAAGGUGGAGGGUGGCGACCUCUGCAGAAGCCCUGGAACGGAGUGUGUGACUCCACAACCGAGCACCCAGACAAAUGUAGUCUGCAUAUUCACGCAUCCUACAGCAUCUCUAUGAAACUGAACGUGCCCUUGCAGCCCCUCUCAGAGCCCAAUGCAGUGGGACUCAUCCUGGCACAUGGGAGUGUGGGAGGCGCAGUUUCUGUGCUUUCUCCAGACGUGUACGUGUCGGAUGACGGGGGUUACACAUGGUUUCAGGCAUUAAAAGGCCCCCAUCACUACGCCAUACUGGAUUCAGGAGGACUCCUGGUAGCGGUGGAGCACAACCCCUCACACCCCAUAUCACAGAUCAAAUUUUCCACUGAUGAAGGUCAGUGUUGGCAUGUGUAUAAUUUCACAAGUGACCCAAUAUACUUCACUGGCUUGGCAUCAGAACCCGGUGCCCGCUCCAUGAACGUCAGCCUGUGGGGCUACAGAGAAACCGUCCGGACUCAGUACUGGGUUUCAGUCACUGUCGACUUCAGGCUGUUGCUCUCUAGAGACUGCCAGGAUAAUGACUACAUUGAGUGGCUCGCUCACUCCAGCAAUAAUAGCGACCCCACUGACGGAUGCAUACUGGGAUACAAGGAAAGGUUCUUACGUUUGAGAAAGGACUCGGUCUGUUGGAACGGCCGGGAUUACAUGGUGACCAAGGAGCCCACAACAUGUUCCUGCACCCUAACUGACUUUCAGUGUGACUUUGGGUUCUACCAUGCGGAAAACAGCUCUGUGUGUGUGGAGCAGCCUGACCUUAUUGGCCAUUCAUUGGAGUUCUGCCUGCACGGGCGCAAAGAGCAGCUUCAGACCAGCGGUUAUCGGAAAAUUCCCGGGGACCACUGUGAAGGAGGAAUAAUUCCAGAACGAAAAGAGAUCGAUCUGAGUAAGAAGUGCGUCAGUAACUUGCUGAGGUCAGAGCUACCGGUAGAGGAACAUUCAUUCAAUUCAGCUCCUAUAAUCGCUGUGGUCAUCGCUGUUCUAAUUAUCAGUGCCGUUGCUGGGGUUAUUUUCAUCAAAAAAUAUGUCUGUGGAGGAAGGUUCCUGGUGCACAGGUAUUCUGUAUUACAGCAGCACGCUGAAGCUAACGGUAUCGAUGGUGUGGACGACCUGGACACACUGGAGGUUGGCAAGACGCACUAUCAUGAUGAUUCAGAUGAGGACCUUCUAGAGUGACAGACACAUGGAUCAUCACAAAACUGUAUCAAAUUAAGAGAAAAACCACAAUGCCUACCCUUCCCAUGACCCUCCAUGUGUGUGUAUCUGCGUUCCAGCACCUAUCGGAUAAUGACACACAUUCUGCCUAAUCAAUUUGUUUUUGGCUAGUUGGGGACAAAUAUUCAGCGUUCAGAGCAGCAAGAUUUGACUACAAGGACAGGAACAGAGAAAACAUGCAUUUU